AUGAGGUCCAGCUCUUCAUAUGCUGCUCCUACAUUAAAGCAUGAUCUCAAUGAGCCACCAUCUGUCCUGGAUCACCGGACACCAGAGGGCUGUCCACAGUCUGUCAGUGUCUCUCCCACCUAUUGUAUCAGAGCAGCGGGAGUUCUGAGGUACAAUCGGGAGUCUGACCACCACAAGAUAAAACUAACCACCAUUCUUGCGUCCCAGGCCCUGGCGGGAUACCCAGUGAAAUGUGAGUACUGUGGAGAAGAGGCCCAGCCAUCCCUGGAUCUAACAUGGGCACGAGGGCCUGAGACGCUGCCACUCUUCUGCUGUGCUCAGCGGCAGCGGCUGUGUAUGAUUCUGGUCAAGCAGAGACGUGUGGUGGAGGAGACAUGUGACCGGAGGACUGGUACUCCAACAUCACCGAGGGACAAGCCAGACACGGAGAAGGACGAGCUUCUCUUUAAAGGCCAGGAGAUGGAGGAUCACAACAAGUUUGUCAUGGAUUUACAGAGGAAACUCAGGAAACAAUCAGACUUGAGAAUCUACGAGGAUCACUUCAUCCAACUCUCUGUUGCAGAACCCUCUGUCCCAACAUCCAACAGCUUCCGGCUGUCUUGUGCUCCAUUGAGAGUGUAUCCUUGUCGAGCAACUGAGAAGCACUUGCAAACAAAAGAGGAAGAGAAGAAGGUGUCGUUGCCUUUUUGUGACCACAAGACACUUUCGUUCGGCAUAUGUCAUCAUCAGGAGCUGGAACUUCUACACAAGUAUUAUUCCAAUGGCAUGACAUUUCUUACUGUGUUCCCCGAUGGCUCUGCCCAGGUCUUCUAUCCCUCAGGUCUCUUGGCUCUCGUGGUCGUGGUCACAGAGGAAAAUGGAAGAGUCUGCAUCGUGUACGACGACAGCGAUGCCUCUGACCAACCAAUUAGAGCCCUGUUCCAGUCUGAUGGCAGGGCCACAUGUUAUCACAGCAAUAGAAACAUAUGGCUGACUUUAAACAGUUCAGGCGGUCAGUGUUUGGAUGAGGGGGGGGCUCGGGUUCGGCGGUGGAGCUGGAGCAGCCUGGGCGUCACUCCCACUCCCCUGUACCCCAUCUUCCUGUCCCUCAAUGAAACUGUUGGGGUCCGAGUCCUCGGGAAGAAACAUGUGUUUGUCUCCUUCCUUGCAAGAGGUCAACAGGCAAAGUUCAGCGUGGGUACCUGCUGCACUGAGGAUGAAUGUAAAAUAGUUGGGGCUGCUCCAGAAGCAGUAUUGAAGGAGGACCUGUUUGUGAAGGCAGCCAGGAUUAGGAUCAACCUGGUAAUUCAGCACCUCCAUCAGUACCUGCUGACGCCAUCUUGUGCCCAGUUGCCGAAGACCAAACAAGCUGCUCACCUUCGUGUAGUCGCCCAGCGGCUUCUGGAAGUCAGUGCUGAUGUGAUGAUGGGCGAGAGUGAAAGAACCUUCAUCCAUAGGUGCCUUCACAGUUGUCUUUGA